AUGACCAUCAUAAAGCAACCAUACGCUGACUCCGGACUGUUCCCCCACGGGGGUUGGGACGUCCACCACCAUAUAUUUGAGCCGGCCAAGUUUGCGUAUGUGCCAGACAGACACCUCACUCCGCCUCCUGCUACGGUCCAACAAUUUCUCGACUUCAAGAAGAAAAUUGGCAUUACGAACUCGGUUCUCACCCACGGUCUAUCUUAUGGGUCGGACUGCACCUCGCUCAAGACAUUUGUCCAUGAGCUAGGUGAGUCAGGAACCAAAGGAAUCGGGGUCAUCGGCCCUGAUACGAUAACACCGGAGGAGCUCCAGGAGAUGCACAGCAAAGGAAUCCGGGGUAUCCGAGUCAACUUAUACAAGUAUCAGGCGAUGCAUGAUGUGGAACGACAGAAGCAGGCCCUACGUGAGCACGCCCGGGUCAUUACACCUCACUGUCCUGGUUGGAGCAUGGCAUUCACCCAUGUGCAUCCCGAAUUCUGGGGAGAUCUGGCGCCCAUGAUCCAGCAGGAGAUUGUCCCUACAGGUAUUCCCCUAGUGACUGAUCAUUUUGCAUUGCUCAAGGCUGCUAGUAUGUUGCCUGCGAAGUGCAAGGGAGAUAUCACUCAACAGGUCGGGUUUAAGGAGAUCAUGGGCCUCGUCCGGGCUGGACUGUUGUAUGUGAAAAUCAGCGCUCCUUACCGGGUGAGUUUCGAGGCACCACAUUAUACGGACCUGAAACCACUGGUCCAGGCAUUUCUCGAUGCCAAUACGCAACAGAUACUUUGGGGGAGCGACUGGCCCCACACUCCUCAUAUGAAGGUGCGAACGCGUGAAGAGGCACUGCGGGAGACCCCGUAUUUGGCUAUAGAUGAUAUGGCAUGGUUGCAAAGUCUGCGAUCAUGGGUGACUGCGGAGGAGUGGCACGCGAUGAUGGUGUCCAACCCGACUAGACUGUAUGGAUGGUAA